UAGGAGGAGGAGGCAAGAGGAACUGGAGUCCAGCAGUGAAGGCCUCCGAACUGCAGUGGGAGGAGGCUGCACUCCACUUCACGAUGGCCUCCCUUGCGGCAGCGAAUGCAGAAUUUUCCAUCAACUUGUUCCAAGAGAUGGAUAACAAUCAAGCAAGUGGAAAUGUGUUCUUUUCCUCUCUGAGCAUCUUCACUGCCCUGGCCAUGAUCCGUUUGGGCGCGCGAGGUGACUGUGCUUCUCAGAUUGAUAAGAUGCUUCAUUUCAAUGCUGCGUCAGGACAUGGAAAUGCCUCUAAUACUCAGCAAAGACUCCAAUCUCAGCUGACAAGAAUUCUCUCUGACAUAAACACAUUCCACAAGGAUUAUGAACUUAGCAUUGCCAAUGGGCUUUUUACAGAGACUGUGUUUGACAUUCACAAGAACUUUAUUGAGUGUGCUGAGAGAUUAUACCAAGCCAAAGUGGAACCAGUUGACUUUACAAAUGAUGUAGAAUACACCGCAUAUAAUAUUAAUAAAUGGGUUGCAAAGGAGACACAUGGCAAAAUCAGGAAUGUCAUCGGUGAAGGUAGCAUAAGCUCGUCCGCGGUGAUGGUGCUGGUGAAUGCCAUCUACUUCAAAGGCAAUUGGGAGUGGGCCUUCGCCAAGAACGAAACCUUCACUUCCCGGUUCAAGUCUUCCAAGUGUCCUGGGAAAGCAGUCACCAUGAUGCAUCAAGAACGGAAGUUCAAUUUAGCUGUCAUUCAGGACCCGUAUAUGCAGGUUCUCGAACUCCGAUAUCAAGGUGGCAUAAACAUGUACGUAAUGCUGCCGAAGAAUGACCUCUCCCAAAUUGAAAAAAAGCUGACCUUUCGGAACCUAAUGAAAUGGACCAAUCCAAGACAAAUGAGCUCCCAGUAUGUCAAAGUGUUUCUUCCUCGGUUCAAGAUAGAGAAGAAUUAUGAACUCAAAGGCCAUUUAAAUGCCCUCGGGCUGAGCAAUCUCUUCGAUGAAUCCAAGGCUGAUCUCUCUGGCAUAGCCUCAGGAGGUCGUCUAUACCUGUCAAAACUGAUGCACAAGUCCUACAUAGAGGUCACCGAGGACAGCACAGAGGCAGCUGCUGUCUCAGAAAGCAACAUGGUCGAAAAGCUACUCCCCGACUCUCUGUUAUUCAGAGCUGAUCACCCGUUCCUCUUUGUCAUCAAGAAGAAUGACAUCAUCUUGUUUACUGGCAAAGUCGCUUGCCCUUGAAAAUCCAAUUGGUUUCUACUAUGAUAGUCCCAGCAACACCAAGGAAUCAGUUUAGUUGUUGGAAGCACGUGGUGUUUCGUUAUUUUACUUCCUUCUGCCAUUGGCCAGCAGAUGAUUUUGGUGACUUGAACCUUCUCCGACACCUGGUUGAUUAUCCUGAUCUUUCUCUUAGCAUUUUUAUCACCAUCUGCCUCACCCAUGUCUAAUUUCAUUGUCUUUCUAUCCACACUCAUUUCCACCUGUCUGUCCCAUAGCCACUGGCACACAGAUCUGGGCAUGGCGUCUGGGACGUGUGGAGUGCUCCACAGGUAACGGCACUGUAGGAGCAGUCCCAGGCAUCUUUGUUGAAACUCUAUAGGUAUCACAGAUAUUCUAGUUUUAUUGUAAAUGAUCUAGGAAGUAAGCCCUGCUGCUAGGAAUAAGUGUGAGGGGUAACUUUCCCUUGCUGACCUAAGAAGACAUUAGAGAUGACUUUAACACAUUUGAUGCGAAAUCAGUGUCUAAUCUAAAAGUGAAAAAAUAUGGUUUUGGGAUGGGGGUCAACCAAAAUAUUUCAUUGAUAACUUUAAGUGGAUGUCUUUUGGCCUUUCCUUGAUGGAGACUUAAU